CGAGACCCCCGCCCCUGCCGCCACCACCGCCAUGGGCAACGCCCCCGCCAAGAAGGACACCGAGCAGGAGGAGAGCGUGAACGAGUUCCUAGCCAAAGCCAGAGGAGAUUUCCUCUACAGAUGGGGAAACCCCGCUCAAAACACCGCCAGCUCGGAUCAGUUCGAACGGCUCAGGACGCUGGGCAUGGGCUCCUUCGGGCGGGUGAUGCUGGUGAGGCACCGGGAGACCGGCGGCCACUACGCCAUGAAGAUCCUCAACAAGCAGAAGGUGGUGAAGAUGAAGCAGGUCGAGCAUAUACUGAACGAGAAGCGCAUCCUGCAGGCGAUCGACUUUCCGUUCCUCGUCAAACUCCAGUUCUCCUUUAAGGACAACUCCUACCUGUACCUGGUGAUGGAGUACGUGCCCGGUGGGGAGAUGUUCUCCCGCCUACAGCGCGUCGGAAGGUUUAGCGAGCCCCAUGCCUGUUUCUAUGCCGCCCAGGUCGUCCUGGCCUUCCAGUACCUACACUCGCUCGACCUCAUCCACCGCGACCUGAAGCCAGAGAAUCUCCUCAUCGACCAGCAGGGCUACCUGCAGGUGACGGACUUCGGUUUCGCCAAGCGCGUGAAGGGCCGCACUUGGACCUUGUGCGGGACCCCAGAGUACCUGGCCCCCGAGAUCAUCCUGAGCAAAGGCUACAACAAGGCCGUGGACUGGUGGGCCCUAGGGGUGCUCAUCUAUGAGAUGGCCGUGGGCUUCUCACCCUUCUACGCCGACCAGCCCAUCCAGAUCUACGAGAAGAUCGUCUCUGGGAGGGUGCGGUUUCCCUCCAAACUCAGCUCUGACCUCAAGGAUCUGCUGCGGAGCCUGCUGCAGGUGGACCUCACCAAGCGCUUCGGAAACCUCAGGAACGGGGUUGGCGACAUCAAGAACCACAAGUGGUUCGCCACAACCAGCUGGAUCGCCAUCUAUGAGAAGAAGGUGGAAGCUCCCUUCAUCCCGAAGUACACAGGCCCUGGGGAUGCCAGUAACUUUGACGACUACGAGGAGGAGGAGCUCCGGAUCUCCAUCAAUGAGAAGUGUGCCAAGGAGUUUUCUGAGUUUUAGGGGUGUGCUUGUGCCCCUGUGGGUUUUCUUUCCUUUUUGUUUUUGGUGGUUUGGGGGAUGGGAGGGUUGGAUUGAACAGCCAGAGGGCCCCAGAGUUCCUUGUAUCUAAUUUCAUCCUCACCCCACCCUCCAGGGUUGGGGGAGCAGGAAGCCCAGAUAUUUGGAGGAACAGAAACACCAGCUGCUCCCUCACCACCCCCAUGCCUUCCUGGUCCCUCUGUGCUUCUCUCUUUCUCCUCCCACAGGGUCCCCCUUGCCCCAGCCCCCUUCUGCCUGUUUUAAACGAGUUUCUCAGCUCUAUUCAGGCCAGGUCUUGCUGUUGUAUCAAGGGACACGGUGUGGAAAGAGGGGCUCAAACUGAACUCCAGCCCUGAACAGGCACCACUUACUAAGAGAGGAUGAAUGAAAAGCACACCUACCCUUUGGAGUAAUCCUGCCUGGGAAGGAGAGAGGUUUAGUGCCAUGUUCAGUGGGCUGUUUUCUAGAAUAAAAAAUUAAAACAAAAAACAAUUAAAAUCUUAUUUAAGUUCCA